UAUAUGUACAGGUUACACUAUUGCAUUGAAUUCAACGUUUUGUGCACCACUUUUAGAAGGGUUUUGUGAGAACAACGAUGAAUGUAUACGAAUGAAUGCUACUUGUGUUGAUAAUAAAUGUAAAUGCAAACCUAACUUAGUUCCUGAUUCUAAUACUGGCUGUAGAAAAGCUGAUUCACCGUUGUCGUGCCUACGUGAUACCGAUUGUACUAAAUUUAUUAAUCAUUCCUUGUGUCAUCGGAAUAAGUGUCGGUGCGAUAUGAGAUAUGUCACGCUGAAUGAGACAGUAUGUGCGCCAAUGUACAAUCAUAGUUGUCAGGAACUUGAACCAUGUGCAAUUCGGAAUUCUCUUUGCAUUGAUAACAAGUGUCAGUGUAAGCAUGGUUAUGUAUACCACGAAUUCAAAUGCUAUCCAAGUAAAUUGUUUUUAUAGUGUAUUAGUUAUUAACAUUAAUAAAGAACGGUUGUAAAAUUAUGUUCGUUAACAUUUAAUAGCGUAUUUGGGAGAGCCUUGUCUUGACUAUAAAGAUUGUCAUAAAAUAAAAUUUGGAAUUUGUUCAAACGAUAAUAAAUGCGUUUGUGAUGAUAAACAUAUGCAGUUUAAUGAAACAUCGUGUGAGCCAAUUAUAGGUGAAUUGUGUUCAAAAGAUAAUGAAUGUAAAAUUUCAAACUCACAAUGUAUUAAUAAUCGAUGCGAAUGUGAAGCUUUUUAUUCACCUUUAUACAAUAAACAAUGUUUACCAACUUUGUUAGGAUGGAAUUGUGAAUAUGAUGACGAUUGUAGAAAUUUGUGCAAUGCAAUAUGUUCGGAAAGUAAACAAUGUACUUGUCGAUCGAAUCACGUUCCCUUGAAUGAUACGGCGUGUGUUCCAUUACUAGGUGAAUACUGUUGGAAUGAUGAACAAUGUAUAACAAAUAAUUCUGCUUGUAUUAACCAUACAUGUCGAUGCAAUAAUGGUUUCAUAGAAAAAUCAAACGAUGAAUGUUUUACUGGUUUGUUCGAUGAAUAUUGUGACGACGACAACGAUUGCAAAGUAUUAAUUAAUGCCAGAUGCUUCAGAGAAUACAACAAAUGUCGUUGUAAGCACAAUUAUGUAAAGGUUGAUAAAAUAUCUUGUGCUCCGUUAUUGGGUGAACCUUGUCGUUACAAUGAACCAUGUGGCGCGAGUAAUUCAAUCUGUAUUAAUAACCAAUGUUCAUGCCGACCUUACUAUGGUCAACACUCUGAUGGUCGAUGCUUACCCCUCUUGUUAGGAUUUACGUGCGAAGGAAACACUGACUGUACGAAAAUACAACAUGCGAAAUGUUCUAAAAAAAAUAAAUGCGUUUGCGAAUCGAAUUAUUUUGAGUUCAACAGAACAACAUGUGCAUCACUUAUAGGCGAGUAUUGUAUGGAAAAUAGAGAUUGUUAUCCCAUCAACAGUGUUUGUGACCAUGAAAUUUGCAAAUGUGCCGAUGGCUUUGUACGUCAAUCUAAUAACGAAUGUUUGUCAAGCUAUCUAGGAAUAUUGUGUGAUAAUAAUGACGACUGUAGUGAUGUAAUGCAUUCUGUAUGCUCAAAGAAUCAUGAAUGUGUUUGUAAUGAAAAUUACAUUGCAUUAAAUGAGACAACGUGUGCACCUUUGUUAAAUGAACCAUGUUCGAACGACAGAGCAUGCGCAACAUUAAAUGCUGUUUGCAUUUACAAUAAAUGUCGAUGUAAACAUAAUUAUUUAUUUCAGUCCAAUAAUAAUUGCAUACCAGAGCGUUUGAAAGGAGAUUGUAAUUGUGAUUUAGAUUGUAACGCCAUAAAACAUGCAAAAUGUUCAAUGGAUAAAAAAUGUGUUUGCAUGAAAAAUUAUGUCUCAGUUAAUGAAACUACUUGUGAACCGAUAAAAGACAGUACCUGUCCUGCAAUAGAACGGUGCGAUGUAACAGGGGAUUUUUGCCGUAAAAAUUGCGAAUGUGGCGAUUUAGUGCGUAAAUAUUGUUCAAAAAAUCAAACAUGUAUCUGUAAACCAAAUUACAUUGAAUUGAAUGGUUCCUGUCAACCAAUUAUAGAUGGUUAUUGUACUGAAAAUGAAGAUUGCAUUCCAGAUAAUUCUUUUUGUUAUCUGCACAGAUGUAGAUGUAAAAAUAACUUUGCAUCAAUAUCUAAUAAUCGAUGUAGGGCGGUUUCAUUGGGAAUGUCAUGUGAAUCGGAUGUAGACUGUAAUUUUUUGAUAAACGCAAAAUGUUCGAAUGGUAAAACGUGUGUUUGCAAUGAAAACAGUACACCACUAAAUAAAUUUACGUGCACAGUAAUCAUUGGAGGAUCUUGUUUGAACGAUGAUUAUUGUUAUAUUGAAAAUUCUAGUUGUGUGAAUAAUACAUGUCAAUGCGAAUCCCCAUAUCUACCAGCAUCUGAUUUACAUUGCGCAGAAACAUCAUCGCUAGCUGAUUGCUCUGAACGUUCAGAAUGUAGAGAUGCGUUACAUAUGGAUUGCUCAAUUAAUGAAAAAUGUGUUUGCAAGCCACAUCAUAUCUUAUUAGCAGACAAAUCAUGUGGACCGCCUUUAGGUGGAUUCUGUUGGCUACAAGGGCAAUGUGUCAUAAAUAAUUCUGAUUGUAUAGAUAAUAGUUGUGAGUGUAAGUCUGGUUAUGUAAAAGUAUCCAACAGUUUAUGUGUGCAAUCACCGGAUUAUUAA